CGAUACGGAACGGUUCGAGCUGGGUUCGUUGUGCACACAGGGAUGCAUUAUGGAUGAGUACCUGCGAGCCUAUGUGGAAAACACAUGUCUAUAAUAAACCCUUAGAAGAAGACGGGUGUGAUGGCGGCAACAGACUGCUACAUUGUGCACGAGAUUUACAAUGGGGAAAAUGCGCAGGACCAGUUCGAGUAUGAGCUGGAACAGGCACUGGAGGCCCAGUACAAAUAUAUUGUGAUUGAGCCCACACGCAUCGGAGACGAGACAGCGCGCUGGAUUGCUGUUGGCAACUGCCUACACAAGACAGCGGUGUUGUCAGGCGCUGCCUGCCUCCUGACACCACUUUCACUGCCACACGAAUACUUGCGCUACGUGGCGUUGCCGGCUGGCGCCCUCAGUGUGGCUUCUGCUGCCCUCUAUGGCAUUUCAUGGCAGUUUGACCCCUGCUGCAAGUACCAGGUGGAAUAUGACAGCCAAAAACUCUCGCGGCUGCCACUGCAUACACUCACCUCUUCCACACCCGUGGUACUGGUACGCAGGGAUGACAUCCACAGAAAGAGACUCCACAACACGAUAGCACUGGCUGCCCUGGCCUAUUGCGCCAAGAAGAUCUAUGAACUCUACGCAGUAUGAGCGUACUCUGAAGAGAGUUUAAAAAAGGAGAGGGGGGGGGAGGGGAAGGAAAAAACAAAACAAAACAAAAAAAUACUAAGAACUUAUCCGCCUCCAGAAGUAAGCCGAGUGGAAGCCACGAUCAGAGCCAACGGUCAGGUCCGCACACGUUGUUGCCGCUUCCAUUCAGAACUUUGGUUGAUCAGAGGGAUAUAGUUAAAACUAGAAGGAAUUGUUUUUUCACCCCCUUACACUUCCUUUACUCGUGACAACAGCACACUCUCCGUUGUACCCCUGCGCCUCCUCCUCCCCUCCCUCCACCUGCAUCCUCAGCCUGCGUCCUCGAUACACAUUCAAGCUAGUGCACAAGGGUGUUGAAGCAGUUCCUGUGGACUGAAUGGUAUUGCAUUUGAAACGGACAGACGUGUUAAACCCGAGCUCUUUGCCUUUCCGUCGUAGUUUUACUGUGCCCCUUACCUGCUGAUCAGUACAGUACCCUUUCAUUAAACAAUAGGAUAUUACAAACUCACCUUCCUGUAUUUUAUUUUUCUUUUUUCUUUUAAUCCAACUUAGGUGCUGACGGGAGCAAAUAGCAACACCUUAUUUGACAAUGUGUUUGUGCAUACAUUAGCUUUCUCCAUGAAAGCAAGUUAAUGUUAUUUGACGAUGGAAGUUGCUCAGAAUCCUCAUUUGAAAUGCACAUAUAUCUGAAAAUACACAUUCAGAAAUUGCUGAAACAAUUGGAGCAAAUUGUCUCAAAUAUGCCGCGUCAAAGUGAGGUCAAAACUGUCUUUAUGAACCAGUCACCUUUAACUCUUGUCCUGCAGAUCAUAAUUUAGACCUGAGGGGACCAAGUUCUAAAUCCAUACACACUUAUGUACAUAUUCUCCACUGGUGCUUGUUGACAACAUUUGAUGUAUAGAUCAAUAGUUUUUAUAUUGUGGAUCUCAUCAGGAGGUCCUCGGGGGAACAUGGAAUGAAGGCAAUAAAAAAGACAGGAUUUUUUGAACAAACUAGACAGGAAAUGAUGCAUUUUUGUGGUGGGGGGGAAAAGAUCUAGAUGUCAGGUACUGGUUUGAUCCAAAUGCUCAUCAGUUACCGCAUGGAAGUAUUAUUGCUUUCACUUCAUCUACUAUUUUUGCUGGUGUUUGAUAUAACUUUCUGACAUUAUAAUUUAACCAGAGAAGAUGAUAAAUGUGUGAAAUUCUUUUCAUUGAUGUUUUAUUUAAUUUUGACAAAAAAUGCAUAAACAUGGUUUAUCUCACUAUUAAUAUUUAUCACUCUCAAGAUGGCACACGUGCUUAUAUCAGAUGUCACAAGGACAUUGUUACUGGAGCGUUUAGCGGGUGGUGUAUAAUGUCACUUUAUCCCCGGUAGCCUGUGACCGCUGUUACUGCAGUAGUCUGCCUCCAAAAAUGGAAGAAUCUCAACUGAGGGAGAGAAAAAAAAAAACAUGACAUUUUUUUUUUUAUGUACCCCAACGCUUUUUGACAGUUUGUCCAGAUUCCUCCUACAACUUUGUGCCCCCUUGACUUCAUUAAGGGGUACAAAUUUGUUUAUAAGCCACUUGGGGAAAGAGAAUGGCAAACGUAGCUUCUUCAUUUUUAUUUCGAGAGUAAACGGAAGUACACUCGGUGUUCCGAGAUCACGAUUCUUUCUCUGACGUGGCCUCGACUGUCAGAAAACCGUUGGGCAAUUCAAUCUCAUGGCAGUGAGAAACGGCAAACAUUGGUUUUGAUGGUGUGGUGCCACAUUUGCACAUCAUGCAAAUAGUGUGCACACAUGCAGGGAUAUUUGCAGAAGCACAGCUAACACCGUGGGUAGAGACUGGACAGAAGGGAAGCAAGUAGUGGCAGAAACGUGGAGCCAGUCUGGUCGAAUCUCUGGUGAUUUGCACCAUAAGCAGGCCAAAAAGCAGCUGGCCCACAGAGACACUAAAGGUAGUUGGCCUGAACAUCACAUACUUUGAAAAAUAUCUACUGAACAUUUUCCGAACAGCUGUGCCGGGCAUUGCAGAUAAGUGAGGCCUCGGAAAUCAUAAUAAAGAGGAUGCAUAAUUUGCUGAUAACAGAUGAAUAAUUACAUCCUGACAGGCUUUGACGAAUACGCUCUGUUGUCUCGAAAGGAUGACCUUCCCAAGUUCUCCAGUGCUUUCCUUUCCCAUCGGUGACGCUGGGCCCAGGCUGUCGAGCCCAGCUGGCUUAAUUUGCUUGGCUCAAGUGACGUCAUCCUGACGCCACAGGAGGCUUUCUUGCACGCGAGGCGAUCCCUCGCGAAAGAGAGACUCAUUAGUCAGUUUGGGCGAUUUGAAUUGCUUGUUAUAACAGAGGGUAUAUUAAAGGUUUCUUGAAAACGUUUUAACUCCGCGUUUCUCAUCCAUGUUUUGUUUUUAGGGGAGUGGGGGGGGGCAAUUGUGAGCUAAACUACAACUCCCACAAUCCCACUCGAAGCGCACUACGGGCACAUCCGGGGGAUGAAGAAAUAACGUAGAGUCGCCCUCUUGUGGCAGCGAUGCUACGUCGGCGUGAAUUCCCCGUUGCGGAGUUCUGUGGAAAAUUACGUCUCAAGGCUACUGCGACGUUACGGCAGCGAUAACACGUGGAUACGUCAUGGGUCAGCUUCUAGUGAUUCUGUUUACCUUUGUGUGGUUAGAGAUAAAAAUCG